CCCACUCGCUCGUCCCGCUGCUGCGUUGCGGGCCACACUGUGACCGCACCGAGGAGGAAGAGGAGGAAGAGGACCGCCGGGGGGGCAGCUGCGUUCAAAACCAAACGAGGGGGGCUCCCGAAAUAGGCGAGAAGAAGAAGACGACGUCUCUGGCUUCCUCUCGCCAUCCUCUUUAACCGCGCGACAUCCCAAAGUGGGAAUUUGGUGGCGGAAGGACGACGCCAGAGGCCCCCCCCCUCCCUCCCGGACGAGCUUCAUCGUUAGCGACCCCCCCACCAGCACCCGGAGCAGGCGCGUACGUGCUCGUCGAGCAAGCAUGAAGGAUCGCACGGCGGAACUGCGGAGCGCUAAGGACAGUGAUGAUGAUGAGGAGGUGGUGCAGGUGGAUCGAGACCACUUCAUGGAUGAAUUCUUUGAGCAGGUGGAAGAGAUCCGCGGCUGCAUCGAGAAGUUGUCUGAGGAUGUGGAACAGGUGAAGAAGCAGCACAGCGCCAUCUUGGCGGCGCCCAACCCUGACGAAAAGACCAAACAGGAGUUGGAGGACCUGACGGCCGACAUUAAGAAGACCGCCAAUAAAGUUCGUUCGAAAUUAAAAGCGAUCGAGCAGAGCAUCGAGCAGGAAGAAGGUCUCAACAGAUCCUCGGCCGACCUAAGGAUUCGUAAGACGCAGCACUCGACGCUGUCCCGCAAGUUUGUGGAGGUGAUGACCGAGUACAACACCACGCAGUCCAAAUACCGAGACCGCUGCAAGGACCGCAUCCAGAGGCAGCUGGAGAUCACCGGAAGAACCACUACCAACGAGGAGCUGGAAGACAUGUUGGAGAGUGGCAAACUGGCCAUCUUCACCGAUGAUAUCAAGAUGGAUUCCCAGAUGACCAAACAGGCCCUGAAUGAAAUUGAGACCCGGCACACUGAGAUCAUCAAGUUGGAGAACAGUAUCCGAGAGCUCCACGACAUGUUCGUGGACAUGGCAAUGCUGGUGGAGAGCCAGGUACGCAUCACACUUGGCCGCGUCGCCGCCACCCAGUGCGUCGCUAACCCACGCCGUGACGCUUUUCAGGGCGAGAUGAUCGACAGAAUCGAGUACAACGUCGAGCACUCCGUUGACUACGUGGAGCGAGCUGUCUCCGACACCAAGAAGGCCGUCAAGUACCAGAGCCAAGCCCGCAAGAAAAAGAUCAUGAUCAUCAUCUGCUGCGUGAUCCUGGGCGUAGUCCUGGCGUCCACCAUCGGCGGGACUCUGGGCUUCUGAGCUUCCGGGACGCCCGUCGCCGUGACGACGCCCGUCACCGCGACGACGCCCGUCGCCGUGACGACCGCCCGCGACAGCCCGACGGAAGCCGGAGAAGAAAAAGCCCAAAAACUUGAACCACAAAUGCAAGAAGAUAACCAAUCAGCAAACGGGACACACUUGGGGUGGGCCGAGGUCCCGAAUUCCCGUCAAAAGCAACACCCCCAAAUGCACCCCGCUGUCCGUGUAUCGCGCGUAAACCAGCUCACACGCCGCCCGCCUGCAUUUUACUUUGCUUCUUUCUUCUUUGGAGCGUCGCUUUCAUUUUUUUGUUGUUUUUUGUUUUCAAACGGGAUGGUGACUUCGGCGCAGAAAUAGUCUGCCAUCCUGCCACCCCCCCCUGACAAACACACACAAUGGCUGUGUUCCGAAUCCCUCCCUGUUCUCUAUCCGGCGCCCGAUUAUGUUACAGCGCGUUAACCCCCGCAUAUUGACGUUCCGACAUUUUUUUGUGUGGAGGGGGGGCUAUCCUCCUUUUUUUUUGCAGAAAAACUCACUCCCAGGCCAAAAGCCAUAACAGUAUUGCCGUGGUGGCGUCUUGGUGCCGAAGUGAGUUGAGGAGUUUCAUUUAGACAAAAGUUUGCUGCCAUCUUGUGGCAUCUUUAGGCAAUCACAAUACACUAUAACAACGUUAGGAUAACAAAUGUAUGAGUUGUGGUGCCAAAAUAUCCUCAGUAGAAGUAGAGCUAUUCAUUUUGUAAAAUAUUCAUUGGAUAGAUGUUAUUAUAUUUCAUUUCUUUUGACGGCAGGUACACCAGCUUACGUUUAAUGACGCCAGCCGCAAGUCAACUCAUAUUGAAAAAUCCCUGUAUAGUGAUAACAAGGGAGUUUUCCAUUCAUGGUUUCAGCCCUAGAGUCAACUGUAUGGUAUAUUAUCUGAAAAUCCCCAUCCGGGUAUAAGGAAGCCUUCAAGUUAACUUUGAUAUCCGUUAUAAGAAAAUCCCUACAUAAAGUACUACUUGUAAUCCUACAAGGGGGCAGCGGGGUUAGUUGUCACAAUUUUUACUCUUUCAUGAAUAUCUUUAACACGUCUUAGAAUAGUUAUUGAUACAUUUACAGGGAAGCUUAAUAUCUUAGAAGGAUUUUACAUCCUUUUCAUUUUUUAUUUAUUGAGAGUCAUAUCGUAUCAAUCCAAGACUUUCUGACACUUGGUGACCAUUAACACACUAUAGAGUUGGCUGCAGUUUAUUUAAAUGGGAUUUUCUUUAAGAAAUGAUGACAAUCUUCUGAAUGAAAUCAAAGGUUAUUUUGAACACAAUACAUUAGACACAAUAAUGUUAACAUUAAAAGUUUACAAUAGCACUUCUAUGUAAAAGAACUAGGGCUGUCAAACGAUUAAAAUUUUUAAUCGAGUUAAUCACAGCUUAAAAAUGAAUUAAUCGUAAUUAAGCGCAAUUCAAACCAUCUAUAAAAUAUGCCAUAUUUUUCUGUAAAUUAUUGUUGGAAUGGAAAGAUAAGACACAAGAAGGAUAUAUACGUUCAACAUACUGUACAUAAGUACUGUAUUUGUUUAUUAUAACAAUAAAUCAAGAUUGCAUUAACAUUAUUAACAUUCUUUUAAAGCGAUCCAUGGAUAGAAAGACUUGUAGUUCUUAAAGAUAAAUUUUAGUACAAGUUAUUAAAAUUUUAUAUUAAAACCCCUCUUAAUGUUUUCGUUUGAAUAAAAUUUGUAAAAUUUUCAAUUAAAAAAUAAACUAGUAGCUCGCCAUUGUUGAUGUCAAUAAUUACACAUUGCUCAUGGUGCUGAAACCCAUAAAAUCAGUCGCACCCAAGCGCCAGCAGAGGGCGUCAAAACACCCAAAAACACAAGUAACAACUGCACAUGACACUGUACUGUCAUUUUAAUCUGUUUGAGCGGGGCAUGUGCGUUAAUUGCAUCAAAUAUUUGAACGUGAUUAAUUAAAAAAUUAAUGACUGCCCGUUAACGCGAUAAUUUUGACAGCCCUAAAAAGAACAUAUCAUUUUUUCUGGUUAUCGUGUAAAAACAAGAACUAAUUGCACAGGUAUUAAAUACAAAAUGAUACUUAGUCCAGAAGCGAACAUCUUUUCUGAUAGCUACUCACUGUCUAAAACAGUGAUGACAGACAUGAGGUUGCUAUGCGCACUGCCUCCACAAUGUCGCAUUUUAUAUUUAUUUCUAUUUUAUAGAGUGUUAAAAUUACGUUUAUGCAAUGCACACAAUUUCACGGCAACUUGUACAGUGACAACACCCAUCCUUUAAAUGAUGGUGUGACAACAAUUUCCAUCCAAAUUGUGACAACCAACCCAAACUCAUGUAUUAGGCUAAAAGCUAACAGCUCGCAAGCAACUGGCUAGCUAGCUAACUGUAGUUAUGUCCUGCUACUUUUUAAUGGUUACUUUCAUAACUAGAGUGUAAAAUACCAUAAAAAGAUAACCUUAACAUUUUUAAAUGAAAUUGCCUCUUACCUCAAAGUGAUGUGACAUUCUACAGUAAAGACAAUGUAGUUUUUUUUAGUGACGCAAUUAUACUGAUAUUAUACUAUAUACUAUAGUAGCUAUUAUAAUGCAAUAUUAUACUGAUAUUGCGCAACACCACCCUCUGGUGGACGAGUUAUAGCAUGAAUGACAACCAACCCGUGUGACAACCACCCCGGUUCUUCCCUAUUCAAAGGAUGUUUUCAGUAUAAACGUUCCCCUUCUUUUACUUCCUACCACGACAAAUACUCUGUGAAUAGUAUACAUAUCCUUGGGCUGGCAGUGAAUGAGUAAAGAAGGCUUCCCAACACAGCCAAUGUGUCACACGGCUCCCGAGACCGCCCCACAUUGGUCACUCACGUCGGUCAACGCUCCGCCCACGGUUACCCGAUGGAUUGGAAGGAAAUCCGAUCUUUUUGUAAGGGGGGGCAGGUUUCCACGGCAACACAUCAAGCAAAGGGUGGGAGGAGCGGAGUCAAGGGUGGGGCGGUCAAAUCUAUGCAGUUUAGAUACAAGCGCGACCGGCCCCGCCCACUGAGCACCGCUCCGCCCACCACAGUCUGGAGGCCACGUAUGUUCGGGGAAAGGUUUUACGGCGCUCCUUUCGCGCGACCGCCUCCGGUCACUUCCUGUUGACGUCGCUUCCUUUCGAUGUCACUUCCUCCCGCGGACGGUGACCCAGCCGUCUUUGUCGCCGCCUUCCGGCCGAGCGCGUUUGUGCUCGUCCGGCGCGGCACAAACGGCGCUCAGCGUUCAAGCAAUAACGUCGGCCGGCGACCGCUCGCUUGUCCUGAACGUCGGCAUCGCGAGCGGCUCGGACGCUAACAGGAAGGGCGAUCCGGCGGUUUUGUUCAUUUUGCGCGUGUGCUGUAGUCGUUAGCGCUGUUAGCUGUGUGACGUGUCGUGGCAAACAAAAGCGUCGGUAGCUUCUUUUCAUUCCUGAAACCAAAAGCGACUCGCGUGUGCACCAAAGUUUUGUCGUGUUGUGUUGAAACCAAACGUGUCGAACGCGCCUCCUUGCUCGCUCGCCUCCUGGCAACCAAUCCCGUGGCUCCUUUUCCACGGCUGUUUGUCAAAUGGACAUUUUGACGGGUUGGUGAGCGCCGCUGUCAUCGUCCCUCGCAAACGUGGCGGGGCUAAGUGUUCGGAAUCGUUUGAUUUCGCCCGAUCACCGGAAAAAAUGCUGAUUUAUUGAUUCAAGAGUCUGGUGUGAUGAACGAAUCCCGGUUUCAGAACGAGUCGAGUCCACGAUAAAAAAUUCCGAAGACCGCGUUCAGAAUGAAUCCUCGUUCCUGACUACGUCCACAUUAAAAUUAAACAUAUCUAAUGGACAUUUUUGCAGUUCAAGACCAAGGAAUUCAACUAUUCUGAGGAUGUGUUUUUCUAUGCGAUUACUAGUGUUGCACCGAUACCAUAUUUGGCUCACGAUACAGAUUCCGAUUGUGUGGUAUCGACCGAUGCCGAUACUGUACCAAUACCACAUUUUUUUCCUUUUCUUCCUGAAUUACUGCACACCUGAAAGUACAGUAAUUGCUAUCAUGGCUUCCUCAGACACUGCUUAACUCAUUGCCUGCUGAAGGCGCCAAAUUCACAACAGAAAGAUGAUUGGAUGGCAUACGAUUAGUGAUUAGCGACAAUUUUAGUGCCGUAUCGGUACCGAUACUAUUAUCGGUGCAACACUAGCAAUAAUAUCGGAGGCUGAUUAUUCCUGGAUUUUCGCUAACGGGGCUCGCGGACGACCGAAGGAUUCCGAACACAGCCUCGGUGUUGUCCUUUGCAUUUCGGAAAGAUGACAGCGUGGAUCAGGAAGUCCCGCCCCACCCCCCAUGCUGCCCUCCUUUGAAGGUGAAAAUAUUAAGUAAAAAAAAUAAAAAUAGAAUUAUUAACGAUGAAAAAAGCAUGCGAAGCGUUGUGGAGUUUGCAUGGUGAUGUUUUUUCGUAUCCCGACCUGCCGCCACGUUGCGCACUUUACCGCUCAUCGGCUCUGUCUUUGUUAGCACGUUAGCACGUCAGCCGGGUUCUUUUCACAUCUCCAGUGGCGCCCCCCCCCACCCGACGACGCUCGCUCACCCCCCCCAGAUCGCAAACGCGCGAGCGAGCGCUCCAAAGGCCGGCCCGCCGUUAGCAUGCCGACAAUUCCCACGGCGGCGUCCUCCGUGUUUGUAGUCCCUACGACGACGCGGCGCUCUGUCUUCCUGAAAGCAUUCCCCAAACCAAAAGUCCUCCUGGUCCGGUCGCCGUGACAACGCGUUGUUCGCCAUUGAUCCAACGCUCCGCCCACAUCUUUGUGCUCCGCCCCUUCCGAGUCAGUAUUCAUUUGUAUUAGUGGGAGGAGUCAGGAGAAGGACUUUGACUUUGUUGUUGUCGUUGUUGUUGUUCAGAUCGCCAUGGAGACGAGAAUGUGUAAUUAUUGUAAAUAACCACAAAAGAUGACCUGCAUGUUUAUCUAGAAAAUUCCCGCCAAAGCGGACAGCGUCCCGGAGCGUCCGGUCAGUCCUCUCGAGCCGCCGCGUCCUCUUUAGCCGCCUUCUGGGCGCCCCAAAGUGCUUCCUCCGUUUUGGCGACUUUGUCUGGGCGAAUUUAAGUCGCGCCAAAGACAGACGACGGGUCCCGCGCCGUCCGGCUCGCUCGGGGGGCCCCUCCCCAUCCGGCCCCGCCCGCCCACAGGCAGGCCGACCUGGACAAAGUGCAAUAUUAUUUUGGCGGUGCCGAGGCCCGGGACUAAAGAGGACAAGCAGCGGGACGUCCGCUCCGCUCGCCCGUGCCACUUUGACGGGAAAUGCAACUUGUGUGUUUCUUUUAGUGUGUGUUUGUGUGUGCGUAGUGUAACGUAAACGCCAUCCGUCCCCCCCGGCCCUCCAACCGAAACCACUUACGACCCCAGCCCGGCCCCGAUUGGCAACAGCUCCCCCGCCCCUUCCCUCCCUCGUGCUGCUGUUGGCUGUUUUGUUUCCGUUGGUGUGACGUGCCAGUAUAACCCCCCCGAGCCUCUCCCACCCCGUCGACCAGUCGCUCUCGCCCCCUCACCCCCUUCCUCCAUGGAUCUUUAAGAUGACAACUCUAUGCAGAUGCGUCUUUUCUAAAUGUGUCCAACAUUUUAAGUUCCAACAAAAAAAAAACAAACCCUGACAGAAAUAUUGAAACAUGAAGAAAUAAAGAAGGAUUGUUCAGUGUU